AUGCUGGAGCGGUUGAUGAAGUACUGGGGGCUGCCGCUGUGGAUGGUGCGUGCGGGGGCGGAUCCGCAUCUGCGGCGGCGGUAUUUAUCCGUGGGGUGCAGCAGCAGCAGCAGCAGCAGCAGCAGCAGCAGCAGCAGCAGCAGCAGCAGCAGCAGGAGGCGGGGCUUUUGCGCGCUGCGUUUGCCGCGGGGAGUGCUGGGGGUGCGGCUGUGUCUGGACUUUUUGUUUUACUGGGAAGCAGCAGCAGUUGCUGCUGCUGCUGCUAUGUGUGGGGCCCACUUGGGGGUGCUGUUGUACUCUUUGCUGCAGGAGGAGGGGCCCCUGUGGGGCCUGGCUUACUUCCCGCUGCUGCUGCUGCUGCUGGGGGCCUCGCUGCUGCGGCUCUGCUGCUGCUGCUGCGUGCUGCAGCGCGUGCGGGACCUGCGGCUGGUCUGGUGGUCCAGACCAGUGGACCAGGAGCUGGCCAGUUUGCUGCGGAGCUGCUGCUGGCAGCUGGCGCGGCUGGCUUGGUGCUGCUGCUGCUGCGUGAUGUUUGCUGCGCUGCACGCCAUGUACACGGACGGCAGCUGCAGCGCAGCAGCGCGCAGCAGCAGCAGCAGCAGCAGCAGCAGCAGCAGCAGCGGGGCGCCGCUGCUGUGCAGGUACAUGGCGGUGCUGGUGCUGGGCUUUCUGUCGCUGCUGGGCCCGAGCGUGCUGCUGCUGCUGCUGUCUGCUGCUGCGCUGCUGGCGGCGCUGCUGCUGCCGGAGCAGCAGCUGCAGCAGCUCUUCCGCAACGAGCCCCACACCCGCUUCGCGCUGCCGCGGCUGCUGCUGCAGCGGCUGCAGGAGGUCCCCUGGGCCCGCCUCAGGUGGCCCUUCCUUGCGCCCACUUCUUCCACUCCGCAUGCAUAG